AUGGAUACUGAGACGUCUUGGAAUGUACGUAUGAAUACCAAUACGUCUUGGAAUGUACGUAUGGAUACCAAGACGUCUUGGAAUGUACGUAUGGAUACCAAGACGUCUUGGAAUGUACGUAUGGAUACCAAGACGUCUUGGAAUGUACGUAUGGAUACCAAGACGUCUUGGAAUGUACGUACGGAUACCAAGAUGUCUUGGAAUAUACGUAUGGAUACCAAGACGUCUUGGAAUGUACGUAUGAAUAUCAAGACAUCUUGGAAUGUACGUAUGGAUACCAUGAUAUUGUGGAAUGUACGUAUGGAUACCAAGAUAUCGUGGAACGUACGUAUGGAUACCGAAACGUCUUGGAAUGUACGUACGGAUACCGAGACGUCUUGGAAUGUACGUAUGGAUACCAAGACGUCUUGGAAUGUACGUAUGAAUACCGAGACGUCUUGGAAUGUACGUACGGAUAUCGAGACGUCUUGGAAUGUACGUAUGGAUACCAAGACGUCUUGGAAUGUACGUAUGGAUACCAAGACGUCUUGGAAUGUACGUAUGAAUAUCAAGACGUCUUGGAAUGUACGUAUGGAUACCAAGAUGUCGUGGAAUGUACGUAUGGAUACCGAGACGUCUUGGAAUGUACGUACGGAUACCGAGACGUCUUGGAAUGUACGUACGGAUACCAAGAUGUCGUGGAAUGUACGUAUGGAUACCAAGAUGUCUUGGAAUGUACGUAUGGAUACCAGGAUGUCGUGGAAUGUACGUAUGGAUACCAAGAUGUCUUGGAAUGUAUGUAUGGUUACCAAGAUGUCGUGGAAUGUACGUAUGGAUACCAAGAUGUGGAAUGUACGCAUGGAUACCAAGACGUCUUGGAAU